GCAUAGUAAUUUAGAGAGUGAGUGGGUUGCAUAGUCAGAUUGUCAAAGUUUGGUAUUCUCGUGGAAGACAGAGAGACGUUGACAAGUCUCAACUGGACUCCAGAGAUGGCCAAGUUCAGAGCAAGAAGGAAUGUAAAUGCUGUUUUUUAGCAGCUUUUCCCCUUCUAUUCAUGCCAUGAUGACAUGAAUAGGCCCAUGCACUCAUAACUGGUCGGGUUGGGUUGGUGUGUGUGUGUGUGUGUGUGUGUGUAGACAGCAGGUCUGAUUCAUCAUGUUUCAGAAAGAAACCAAGAAGCUCUGUGUGUCACAAUACCUCUGACUCUGUUUCCUGCCUCUCUCUCUGUCUCUCUCCAUCUUUUCCUGUUGCCUCGGACUGCCUUUCGUCUCUCUUCCUCCUUUGCUUGAGUGAAGGCAUGUUGAUUGAUGGAAUCAUUGUAGCCGUUAGCAAAAGAGCGAGCGAAGCAAAAAAAAAAAAAAAAAAGAAGGAUCCCGUUUGUUCUUUCAUUCACUCGUCCAUCGCUGAUCCACAAUUGAAUCGUCUCGUCUCUGUACACAGGUCCGAUCCCGGCCGAGCGAGGGGGCGAGCUGGCCAUGGGGGGAGGUCGCAGCGAGACCUCAGCGCUGAGUGGGACGGGAGGGGGACGGGGUAUGACCACUACCCAGAAUUCCCAACGGCCCAAUGCCUGCUGCUUCUGCUGGUGCUGCUGUUGCAGCUGCUCAUGUCUCACCGUUAGGAAUGAAGAGGAGAAACGGAAGCGGAGGAGGAGGAAGAGAAUAUCACAGGACACCAAGAUGGAUACCAUACCAAACUGUGAAGCUUGCACCAAACCCUCAGUGGAUGAAAUCCGGCUGUGGUCCCAGUCCUUCGACAAGCUGAUGAGGAACCCAGCGGGUCGAAAUGUUUUCCGGGAGUUUCUGCGGACGGAGUACAGUGAGGAGAACAUGUUGUUCUGGCUGGCCUGCGAAGACCUCAAACAGGAAAUCAGCAAGGGCGCCGUUGAAGAAAAAGCGCGUUCCAUCUACGAGGACUACAUCUCUAUACUGUCGCCAAAAGAGGUGAGUCUGGACGCCCGGGUUCGAGAGGUGAUCAACAGGAAGAUGCAGGACCCGACGCCUCACACGUUUGAAGACGCCCAGCUGCAGAUCUACACGCUGAUGCACAGGGACUCCUACCCACGGUUCCUCUCCUCCAACAUCUACAAGUCGCUGGUCCACGGCGGCUCUCGUACCUCCUCCGAAUCCUAGUCCCGCACCACCUCCGCCCCCCCCACACUUUGUGCGAUCCUUAAGGGAUUGACGCCAGAGCAUUUCAUCUCUUCUCUCGCACACUCCUCCCGCUCCAAAACUUUCCAAAAAAUGAUCACUCCUUUUUUUUGCCUCCUCUGUUCACUUCUACUUUUCCUCAAACCUCUCAGAUUACUGCCAAGACUUUCUCCAGUUGAGUCCCUUCUUCUGCAUUCCUUGUCUUUACUCAUUUCUUCUUCUUUUUUUCUUCUGUUCCAUCAUUGUUCUUGAACUAACAGCAUCUUAAAAGGUAAAUUUGACAUUCUUUAUGCCCUUAAGUAUUUUAAAACAUAGCACAACUUUAGUUUGGCAGGAUGACAGUAAAGGCACCAUCAUAGGACAUACAUUUAUAUUUAUUAUUUUAUGCAGGAGCUCUAAAAGUAAUUAAUUUUUAAUUGUUUCUGCAAGAGAAUACAAAUAUUUCAGUUAAUAAAAAGCUAUUAUUAACUGGGCAAUUUACCAUAAACACCUGAUUUAAACUAAAAACCUGCUUUUUCCAGGGUUUUUACUUGCAUCUUGUGGUUCUGGUUAAAUGAAAGUUGCUUGAAAAAGCUCAGAAAGAUGUUUUAAAGAUCCUGAUAAAGUUAAUAAGAGACCCGGAUGUGAAGUUACAGCCGGACUAAUGCUGCAUUGUUGGUAUUUAACUGUAAAGAAAAUACAGUUAAACAGUAUCUACCAAUAGUAAUUAACAUCAAAAACUAUUUUACAUUUGUUUAUUUACGGAUUUAAGCCUCAAACCGGCUUUAAAACUACUGGUCCAAGAAUGAAGUUAAACACUUUUGAUCAGGGUCCUUUACAUUUUGGUUAAGAACAAAUUGUGCCAUACAGCUGUUAGGCUGAACCGCCUCCAUCCUGAAACCUGGUUUUUGUCUCUCCUUAACUUCUGUCCAUCCCUAUCCAUGUAUUCUUCUUUUAUCCACCUUUUUCCCCCUCCCUCAUCUCUCUUCUGUUUCCCACCUUUCCGCUAAUUUCCACGUCAGCAGCCACGCCUGAACGGAGAAAGAAGCGAUCUGGGACAUUCAAGUAUUUUUGAGAGCUCACCCACAGUUACAUGGAGAUGUGACAUGACUGGCUUUGGGAGAUUUUUAAUGCAUUUCAUGGGGGAGGGGGAAAUAUUCAUCUGUGCCAUGAGUUCUUAGCAGUGAUUUACCAGUUUUGCCCACACGACCGUCCAGUCACCUUUAAGAGCCAGCUGAAGGUGGACCUCCCAGACUUCACCUCAUCGCCUUCUUAUUCGUCCUACGGUUGCCUCUGCUCCAGGAAAGGUGGAUGACGUCUCGCUGCUUUUCUUUCUCUUUUCUUUUUCUGUUUCAACUGGAAACACAGGGUGCUCCCUCCAUCUCCCGCUACGAAAAAAACUUAAGUUUGUUGUCCCGUCUUGUUUGCUGGAUCAAUCAUUUCACUCCUGUUUUAAACAAACGGACAAAAGGAAGGCUGCCGCUUCCUUCCGACUACUGAUUUACAAACAGACUAGACGUCUAUUUUUUAACAGAAAACUCUAUAUGGAACAUUUUAAUUAUGCUAAUUUUGUUUUCUUUUUGGGAGGGGGGGGGGGUUGUUUUAUUGUUCCUCCCACUCUCUCCCCUUCCUGGAUUUUUUUUUUUUCUUUUUUGCAAGAAGAGGAGGAUUCCUCUGAGACUGUACUGAUCUCCACCCGACACCACAGACACUGCAAUAAAACACUGGAGUUUAGAAAAACGUCACACGCACACGCAUACAUUUACACAAUUUGUGUUACUAUACCUAAGGGGUAAUCCAGCCGUUAACCCUCGACUAGAUGUGGAAGUUCACUGAGAGAUAGUUUGGAACCUUAGUGGGUCUGCGCUGUACAAUGCUUUCCUUAGUGAAGUUUUAAUUCACUUUGACCUAUAAAGUUGUCCAACCGAGAGGAUGUUCACCUCCACAGAAUGUAUUACUGUCUCACACCCCACCAGGGACGCUCGGUAUCAUUUAAAAUGGAGCAAAUUCAAAUUUAGAGUGACACACUCUUUAGAUUGAAAUGUGUGUUCUCCAGCAUUACCUUAAGGAGCAGUGUUGCUUUGAAUUGAUCCAUUUUGUAUCUGUUGGGGUUUUUUUUUUUGUUGGUGGAGUUUCAUAAACUUCUCAGAGCAAUCAGUUGAUCAACAUUUGGAAAAUAGAUGCUUUUUGGUGUUUUAUUUAGUUCGAUAUAGAUUCAGACAAAAUCUGACGAUGUCACUUUGGGCUGGUAAAAGUUCUAACGAGCAUUUUAAUCAAACCCACAUUUGAAUUGGUUAAAAAAUGAGGGAUCUCAAAGAUGUGGAUCAGAGCUGGACAAGGCAUUUAAAAAAAAAAAAAAA